AAGCUCGUAACGCGUACAGUUAAGAAAAUAAAAUUUUCAUAUCAUUUAAUCACGUUAAAUUUAACGGUGUAAAUUUAAUAACAAACAUAAAUAAAACCAAAAAUAAAAAUAUAUAUGUAUACUUACAAACAAAUUUACAUAUGUGCACGAUUACAAAAGCCUGCAAAAAAUUCAAAACCGAAAUAAAAUUUUUAUAGUGCUCAUAAGUUUUGCAUUUUAUUGUAUACAGGGGAAAAAUUAUUUUGAAAAUUAGAGAAACCAUUCAAGUGAAGUUUUUGCAUUGUUAUUUAAUGAAAAAUAAAUUUUGUCAGUUAAUUUUUUUUCAAUUUUUAUUGUGUUUCAUUUUAGUAAUAUUAUUCCUCAAUGAUUAAGAGUACAUGCAAAAUUAAUUUUUUGCGAUAAUUAAUCAAAUUUACAUUUUAUUCAGUUUAUGAAUAACAAUUAUCUUGAAAUUUUAAAAAUUUUAUCAAAAUAGAUAUUAAGUCAAAAUGACGGAUGUUAAUACAUUGAUGUCGUCACCAUUUGUUAGAGUUAAGCUCGUUGCAUUUAUACAUUUCAUAUUUAUUGGCAAUGCAAUGCUAGGUACAUGGAUACCAGGGGCGUAUAUAUUUUACAACAUAUUAUUUAUUAUGUCAAUGAUGUGGUCCUUGCAUUGUAAAGAUUCAUCUGAAGCAAUCCAUACCGCACUUAUUAUAAAUGUAACAAGCAUAUUCUUUGAUUUAAUUUGUAUCAUUGCAUUCUUCAGUCAUAUGAAUGGCUGGGUAAUAGCAUUUUCAAUAAUUAACUUGAUAAUACGUCCGUUUACAUCGAUUUUACUGCACCGUGAAUUAAAUGAACGGGGUGGCGUAAUUUCAGCACCUGUAACUAUAUUUCCAGCUAAGCAACAGAGAUCUUAUGAAGAUAUUGAUAGACCUCAUCAACCAGUGCCGACUAAUAAUUCACAACCGCCACCGAAUGUUUCAAGUAUUUUUUAAACAAAAUCAAAAAAAUAUUAACUAUUUAUUAGAUUUUAAAAAUUAAUGUUAUAAAAAAAAUAUUUAUUUAAUAUCUUGUUAUGUCAUUAAUUUUUAGUAACUAUUAACGAACGACAAAAAAACUGAUUUGAUCAUAAAAAAAGAAAAAGUCUUACAUAUUUUUUUUCUUAAAAACCAUCUUAAUUAAUCAAAAAUAUUUUUAUUUUAUUUUUUUUUUGAAUACAGGACCACAAAAUCCAAACCCUUCAGUGUAAUUGCAGAGCCUAUAUAGAUUUGUUUGCGCUUUAAAAUAAUGUAGAUACAUUUAAUUAGAUCCUCUUUUUUAAAAAAAUGGUCGACUUUUGUGCUAAGAAGAUGAAAUUUAAAUAAAAUAAAGUUUAAGAGAUGGUUUUAUAUUUAAGGCUAACUUAAACGAUUACUUCUAAUUUUUAAAAAUGAAAUUUGGUAAAUUUUUAAACUAUAAAAUAAAAAACAAGUUAAUAAUACUAAAAUAUUAUAAUUGUGUGUAUAAAAUAAUAAUAAUAAACUGUUUUAAAUUUUUAUUUAAGUUUAAGAAUAUUAAAUAGAAAAAAAUUACUGUUAUUUAUAUUUUAAAUUUUUUAAUUUAUAUUUGUUUUUUUGUAAAAUUUUAAUAGAAAAUCGUUAUUUUAAUUGUAUAUGAAAAAUAUAUGAAUUGUAAACAAUAUUUUAAAAAUAUUUUAUACAUUUAUAAAGCAAACUAAUAAAAAACAAUUUAAACAAUAUUGAAAUAUCAAACAAUAUUAAAUUUGUAUAAUUUGUAAUAUUAAUAAGAAAGCAUCAUAGAAAUAAGAUAAAGCAAUUUUUUAGUAAAAAAAUUAAAUUUAAUCGGAAAUUUGAGGCAUAAUAACACAGCCUAUACCUUAUUAAAUAUUAAUAAGGUAUAGGCUAAGGUAUAGGGUCGCAUUUUGAAGUUGAAUAGGCCGCAUGCUUCCCAUGGUCCGCACUUUGCCGACGACUGGUGUACAUGAUUGAAAAAUAUUACCAAAAAUAAAAUAUUUUAAUUAAUGGUACUGAAAAUAUCUGUAAUAACAAUUCCAUAUAAUAAUAAACUAAAAUUUCAGUAUACAUAUUAGUUAAUUAUUAAAAUUACUCGAACAGUAAAAGUUUUUGCAGAAAAAAAAAUAAAGCAGAAAUAAAGUAAACUAAGUUAAAAAAUUCAAGUAAAAAUUUAAAAUAGAGUUUAAAAAUAUUUUCUUUUAAUUGUAAAAAUUAUUUAAUUGCAUUGAACUCUAAUUAUUUAUAUUGGAAAUAUUUAAAAAGAAAGUAGUCUUGUAAUGACGACAAAUUUAAUUCAAUCUUUCUUAAAACAAGUAAUCAGAAGAAAUAGAAAAUUUAAAACACCAUUGUACAUUAAGUUGAGCAUAUAAAAUUUUGCUCUAUUAUUGAACUAGCUAAGUUUAAAACCCACAUAUUUACAUUUUUGGAUGGUAACAAAAGAAAAUUUUAGUUUAUUGUAAAAUUGUUGUUAAAUCAUUAUAAAAAAAAUAUUUCCAUUCUGUUAUUUAUUUUUAUUUUAGCAAAAUAAAACAAUCUAAAAAUUUUUAAAUCUACUAUUUAUGUACACCUUUUCCAAAAUUUACUCUGGAAUAAUUCACCCAUUAUUAACAUUUAAAAUUAUAACUAAAAGUAAAAAAUUUGAACCAAAUAGUAUGUAAAAUUUUUUAUAAGUCUAAUAUCAGAUUCAUUUUUUAGGUGUACCAAAAUAAUCACAUGAAAUUUAUCACCUGCAGAGUAACUCAUUAAAGCGAGUACACAAAAUCAAAUAAAAAAAACUACCUUUUUAAAAAUUAAUAUGACAUUUUUAAAGAAAAAAUUAUGUUAUUAAUAAAAAAAACUAUACGUACUCGUAUAUAAAAAAACAUUUCAACUUAAUUUUUUUACAAUAAAUAAAUUAAUAAAUUAAAUUUAUGAUCAAUUUAAAUUUAACAAGUUCUAUUAUUAAAUUUUAUAUCAUGUUAUAUUGUAAUCACAAUCAGUGGAAAACGCUUUUAUUAAAUUAACUAUAUAAAAUGUUAAUUUUGCAAGAUAAAUUUUUGUUUUUCUUAUUUUUGAAUACAUAUGCCAAAUCAAUUGAAAUUUUACAUAAUUAAAUGAUUGUAUAAAUAUUAAAUUUGAAUUAAAUUGAAAUUUUAACGUAUAAAAAAUUUUAUAAAAAAAUAAUUACAUAAAAUGUAAAAUUUUUGAAAAACAAUAAUGGCAUUUCCUAGUUUAGUUAAUAAAUUAAUUCAAAAAUAAAUUUUUUAAAAUUAGAAAUUAAUUUAAGAUUUUAUCAAAAAACUUGGUGAUGAAGACCAUUUUUUAGUCUUUAGCCAUUUUAGUGCAAUAUUGUGUUAAUUAUUACAAUUUAAAUUAUUUAAAAAUUAUUAAAAAUUAUUUGGUAUUGUACCAAAAACAAAAAAAAGAAGGUUUUUAUAUGCAAAGGCUAGGGGAUUUUAGUUACAAAAAUGUUACACUAAUUUAUUAUACUUGGUUAUUGAUAAUGAAAAUGGGAGUUUACCAAACUAAAAUAUUAAAAUCAAUUUACUGAAAGAUUUCUAAUUAAUUUUCUUAUAUUACUUUUUAGAGAAUUUUAAAUAAUCCAGCAAUGAUAAAUUGUUAAUGUUUUGUAAAAUAAAAAUAAAGAAUUUAAAUUUAUAUUCAAGAAACUAAUUAAAUAAAGUAUACUUCAUAAUUUUACUUUGGGAUUAUUUAAAUGCUAUCAAUUGAAUAAAAUCGAAUAUUUUUUAAAUAAAUGCAAUAUAUUUUUAAAUCUUAUAAAGAAUAAACUUUUCUAUUUUCAACACAUUGUUUUUUUUUUUGUAAUUGUAUAGUGAUUAAAAAAUUUUACUUUACUUUAAGUUACGUGACAAAGCGUAAAAGAUUUUAUAUUAAUCAGAAAGAAUGUAAAUUCUGGAGAUUAACAACUAACAGUUAACAAAAAAGUCGUAAUUUAAUUAAAAUAUUAUAAAAUAUAUUUAUAACUUAAAAUAAAUGAAAUUUUAAUGAUGUAUUUGUGUAUGUCUGGCUGUUUGAUUUGAUUUUUAAAAUUUUCUCUAUUAAG